AUGAGGAAUGCCUUGGGCAUCGCCGUGCUGGUGGUGCUAUGGCAUUCAUUUUCCAUGUCCAUUUCAAUUUACAACAAAUGGAUGUUCUCAGGCCAAGCCAUCUCCUUCCCAUUUCCACUCUUCAUGACCUGCCUCCACCAGGCCGUACAAUUCGCCCUCUCCGGCCUCCUCCUCUACCUCAUCCCAUCGCUUCGUCCCCGCCGCACGACGCUGCCGCCGUCUGCAGUGCUUCCGGGAGGUGACCCGCACGGAGGCAUGAGUCUGACACGCUUUUACUUGACACACCUCGUCCCCUGCGGUGUUGCGACUGCCCUGGACAUCGGCCUGGGCAACAUGUCCCUCCGCUUCUCUACCCUCACCUUUAUGACCGUCUGCAAAUCCUCCGUGCUCAUCUUCAUCCUCCUCUUCGCUUUCCUCUUCCGUCUUGAGAAGCUCUCCGCUCAGUUGAUCGUGAUCAUCGCAUUCAUGACCGUCGGCGAGGUGAUGAUGGUCUUGGGCGAGAUCUCCUUCAGCGCGGCUGGUUUCAGCCUCGUCACCGCCUCGGCUUUUUUCUCGGGCUUCCGAUGGGCCUUGACCCAGUUGCUCAUUCUCAAGCAUCCGGCUACAUCCAACCCGAUCUCCAUGCUCUUCUUCCUCAGUCCAGUCGUCUGCAUAACCCUCGCCGGGAUCUCGCUCUCUCUCGAAGACACAAAGGAGAUGGUGAAGGGCCUGCAAGCGCUAUCGAGCGCAUGGGGUGGAGCAAUGAGCCUGUCACUGCUGCUCCUCCCUGGUGUGUUAGCAUUCUGCAUGGUGCUUUCCCAAUUCGCGCUUCUCAAGCGCUCGUCCGUAGUGACGCUGAGUGUGUGCGGAAUUCUGAAGGAGGUGUUUAUUAUCAGCGCCGCUGGGCUCGUUUUUGGCGACCAGUUGACACCGGUGAAUAUCUGCGGUGUGCUGGUCAUAAUGGCCAGUAUAGUGGCCUAUAAUUACACGAAACUGACCGGUGGUCAUCGGGCAGUUGAAGUGAAGAAUUUUAACGAAAAACAUUCAUGA